AGAGAGAGAGAGAGAGAGAGAGAGAGAGAGAGGAAUAGUCGGACUGUGGAUCAUGGCUCCUCUCGGACUAAAAGCAAUUGUCGGAGAAAAGAUCAUGAACGAUGUCAUCAAGAAGGUUAAAACUAAAGGAGAAUGGAAGGUGCUGGUGGUGGACAAACUUAGCAUGAGAAUGGUGUCAUCCUGCUGUAAAAUGACAGAUAUUAUGUCUGAAGGAAUCACAAUUGUUGAGGACAUCACUAAACGGCGUGAACCCCUUCCCACUAUGGAGGCCAUUUAUCUUUUAACCCCAUCUGAUGAGUCUGUGGAGGGACUCAUUAAUGAUUUCAGAGAUCCCCGCGCCCCAACAUACAAAGGAGCUCAUGUCUUCUUCACAGAUGCUGUUCCAGACUCUUUGUUCAGCCUCCUCACCAAAUCCCGAGCAGCUAAAGUGAUGAAGACUCUGACUGAGAUUAACAUCGCCUUCCUCCCCUAUGAGUCACAGGUGUUCUCUGUGGACAGAACUAACGUCUUUCAGGACUUUUACAGCCCAUUUAAAGCUGAUGUAAAAAACCAGAUGCUGGAGCGCUUGGCGGAGCAGAUCGGCACUCUGUGUGCCACCCUGAAAGAAUAUCCAGCUGUCAGAUACAGAGGAGACUAUAAAGACAAUGCCAUUCUGGCUCAGAUGCUGCAGGACAAACUAGAUGGCUACAAAGCUGAUGAUCCCACUAUGGGUGAGGGACCGGAUAAGGCCCGCUCCCAGCUGCUGAUUCUGGACAGAGGAUUUGAUCCUGUGUCUCCACUGUUACACGAGCUAACAUUCCAGGCCAUGGCUUAUGACCUGUUGCCCAUCGAGAACGAUGUCUACAAAUACGAGACCACCGGAAUGGGAGACACUCGUAUGAAGGAAGUGUUGCUAGAUGAGGAUGAUGACCUGUGGGUCACACUCAGGCACAAACACAUCGCCGAAGUCUCUACGGCUGUGACAAAAUCGCUAAAGGAAUUUUCUUCUAGUAAAAAGAUGAACACAGGAGAGAAGACCACCCUAAAGGAGCUCAGUCAGAUGCUGAAGAAGAUGCCGCAGUACCAGAAAGAGCUUAGCAAGUACUCUACUCACCUGCACUUGGCAGAGGACUGUAUGAAGCACUACCAGGGAACAGUGGACAAACUCUGCCGUGUGGAGCAGGAUCUGGCCAUGGGCACAGAUGCAGAAGGUGAGAAGCUCAAAGAUCCCAUGAGAGCGAUCGUGCCAGUCCUUCUGGACUCCAGCGUCACCAUCUUUGACAAGAUCCGUAUCAUUCUCCUCUACAUCUUCCUCAAAAAUGGUGUAACUGAGGAGAACCUUUGUAAACUUCUUCAGCAUGCACAGAUCCCUCCAGAGGACAGUGACAUCAUCUCCAACAUGGCUCAUAUGGGAGUGCCCAUCAUCACAGAACAAUCCACAACACGAAAGAAGAAAGCUGAUCGUAAGGAACGAAUCAGCGAGCAGACCUACCAGCUCUCCAGAUGGACUCCUCUUGUGAAAGACAUCAUGGAGGAUGCUAUCGAAGACAAACUGGAUCCCAAACAAUAUCCGUUCAUCUCUACCCGGACAGCCUCGUGCAAAACCACAACGGCUACCAGUGCACGGUAUGGAAACUGGCACAAGAAUAAAAGUCCAGGAGAAAUGCGAACAGGUCCUCGGGUCAUCGUCUUCAUCAUCGGGGGCAUGACUUACAGCGAAAUGCGCUGUUCCUACGAGGUCACGCAGGCCAACGGCAAAUGGGAGGCUCUUAUUGGCUCUACACACACAAUCACCCCCAUUAAGUACUUAAAGGAUCUGCAGCACCCGGACUUCCUGGACCCUAACGCAGCUCCAGAGGACCAGGUCACUGGUGAUGACUGAGACACUUCACUAUCUUCACUAGUCUAUCCAUCAGAAAGAGUGGAGUCCUUAGAUCCUUUAUUAGCCCUUAUCCACUGACAUGGUGCUGGUGUGUCAUUUUGUCCAAAAUAAAAGUGUAACGUUUUUUUUUCUUUAUUUACAAUUUUCCAGUGAUGUUCAAGGAGACAUUAAUGAGAAAGGCAAUGUGGGGACAGACCACAAUGCAGCUAACUAUUUGCACUGAUUUGUGGCAGAGACCCGGUUCAGCUAGUUAUAAGCUAGCUCUAAGACAUGAUGUGUAGUUUUAUUAACCUAUAGGCAGACAGGCAGGCAGGCAGUAGGGUCGAAAUUAAAGUCAGUAAACCGGCCAGGCUCAGAUGAGGCACAAACUUUGUAAAUAAGGCUUAGACGUUGUGUUGUUUAUAGUACUUAAGUAAAAAGAAACACAGCAUAAUACUGUAAGUUAAUAUUAAUUGCAAAAAUAAGUAAUGUCAGUGUGAAUGAAAGUCUCUUUGAAAGUGUGAGUGUUUGUGAGAUUAGAAACAGGUAAGUAGCGCUCCACAGACUGACUAACGCAAACGUAUCAGCUGUGUUCUGGUGUUGCAUUCUGGGUAGUGUGGUCCGUGGCGGCCAUGACCGCAGGGUGCAGGUUGUUCUUUGAGAGUUCACAGACAGUUUACAGGAACGAACCUCCACAGAAACAUUUAUUUCUUGACUUUAUGUUAGCAACAACAUCGUCAGUGAAGUGUCUCCUCAACUGUAGUUGUAAACAGACGAGAAUAUACGCCUGCAUUUUAAUCUAUCUAAGGCAAAUACUUGUAUAUACCGUAGAUGAGUGUCAUGGUGAUGCAAUUUCAUGCCCUGGUUUCAGGGUUGAUGACUAUCCAGUGUUUUUGAGUAGUUUUCUGAUAUUCUUUUAGCUGGAAAAAAAAAAAGUCCCAAGAACCCAAGAGGAUUGUUUAGUUAAACACAGCUUUCAUCUCUCUUGAAUAUGCAGCACAUAUACAGACAGCAUUGUGUUUAAUGUAAGACAAAAUUAAAAGUACAUGAAAAAAGGGUGAAAAUCCAACUUUUAUUAUUAAUUACUUUUACUCAAAGUAUUAUUUAAUUUUAUUUAAGAAAUCAUAGAUGGACACACGAACUCUAGCACUACGUCAAUGGAAAAGAGGUAUAAAUAUCCAACCCAUAGACGGACUCCAUUCUGGAGACAUAAAUAAUAAUUAAAAUUCUUUGAUGUUCAUUGAAAUGCUCUUUAAAAUAGUGAUUAUUCACAGCUUGUGUAGAUUUUUUUCCCUCUGAAGUUUACAUUUAAUCAUUUAUUAAAUGUAUCUGUGAGAUCUAUUGAGGUGUCUGUGUGUAAAAAAGCUCUCGGACAAGCUCUCGUUUUUCAUGCAGUUACAUAACUCUUCACGUAGGGUGAAUCAAUACUACCUCCACUUUUAUCUCAAAAUAACAAUUCAGCUAAAUACAGUAUAUCAGUGUAAUGAGGUGAGCAAUCGUACAUCAGUCGAGUUACUCAGUAGAUGAGUAACAUGGAUAGAUAUCUAGAAGUGUCAAAUUAUAUAAUAUAUCUUAUAGUUUUAAAUUAAAAAGUGUGUAUUUUGGGCCACUACAUGAUCCAGUAUAUGAAGAAAAACAAGUGAAAAGUGAAUUAUUUAAAUUUAAAAAAAAUUUAAUUAUUAGUAAAAAACAAAAUUAGAUUUUUAAUCGGAUAUGAGAAAUUACUCAGAAUUUCAGUUAGUAAUUAAUUCUCAUGCAUUUCUUUUCCACCUUUAACUAAUUAAUUAAAUGCUUUACCGCAUUAUGUUCCUAUUGUCUGUGUUGUUUAAUGCAUUUAACACAUUAUUAUCCCCCUAAAUAUUAUCCCCCAUUAUUAUCCCCUAAAUAAUAUCUUUCUCAAUGUCGAAUGAUCUGCUUUGCAUUUUGUUGAUACUGUCUUUAUUUAUUUAAAGCAAAAAAGUGGUAAUAUUAUUGUGACGUAAUCAUCGAUCAGUAAUUAUAG